AUGGCGACAACUGCGACCGGACAACCAACAGAAUCAACGGGUGACGCAGCACGGCCCGAGUUUGCAUGCAAGUUUUGUAAGAGGCGAAAGGUCAAAUGUGACCGGCUGCUGCCUCGCUGCUCGAUAUGCGUCAAGACCAAGCAAGGCUGCGAAUACCCCGUGGAAGCUGCCAAACCCGGACCCAAGUUGGGUACGACUCGUCGCAAAAGGCGGCGAUCGCAGUCCUGGGAAAGACAGCAGACAAACUCCCAUAGCGGCCUCGAAGGUGCCACCGCCGUUGACCGAGAUCUCAGCGCCGAUCGCGCCACCAACGCGGAUGCUCCUGUCGGCUUGACCUCAGCUAGUAGCACUGGAGGACCAGCUCCCCAUUUCAGCGAUGUGGCCCCGGAUAACUAUCCCCUGACGCCAGAGUCAGCGUCACUUGAUGUGCACACGCUGGCCUAUAUCAUGCAUCCUUCCCAUGACACCGCGUCAGUCCCACCAACCGAAGAAAGUCCCCUUCCGGAUCUCGAUCAGCCUGGGAAGUCGGAUGACGGAGCUGAGCGAUUGAACCGGAUUACCCAAGCGUGCGCCGUGCUGGGAAUCCCGUUGCAGUCACUCCAGGGAUAG